GCCCCAUGCAGCUACAGGUAACUGCCAAAAAUAAAGGAAACACCAACAUAAAGUGUCCUAUUGGGGAAUUGGGUCACAACGAGCCAGAACAGAUUUAAUGCACCUUGGCAUAGAUUCUACAAGUGUUUGGAACUCUGGUGUCACAUCCCUCCAAUAUUCUCCCGCAAGAAAUUCCAUAAUUUGGUGUUUUAUUGGGGGUGGAAAACGCUGUCUCAGGCACCGCUUCAGAAUCUCCCGUAAGUGUUCAGUUGGUGACUGAGACAGCCAUGACAUAUGGCUUACAUUGUUUUCAUGCUCAUCAAACCAUUCAGUGACCACUCGUGCCCUAUGGUUGGGGACAUUGUCAUCCUAUGGGGGCAUAGCCAUGGUAGGCAAAAUAAUGGCCUGCUCAUAAUUUUUAUACAUGACCCUUAGCAUGAUGGGAUGUUAUUGCUUAAUAAACUCAGGAACCACACUUGUCUUUUCAGUGCUGCAUGAUUAAGUUAGCCUUCUGGAGCUCUUGACCAGAGCAUCCAGUUGGAGUCCAUUGUGCUUGAAGUGGACUGAAAUAGGUGCCUGCUGGUACUCUUUAUAUUAUUUAAGUGCAUGAUGGCAUUCAUAGUAUUUAAGAGACAAUAUUCAUGUCCAUAUUUGGUGUUCCAUCUAUGACAGUGCUGACAUAUCAUAGAAGAAUCAUCUGUUUUUAAUUCUCACUUCUACAAUGUCACAACCCAAGUUCCUGCCCUGUUGCUUCUAGAUGGUGUGGCAUAUUUCUGAAGGCCUAGCCUACAUCUUUUUUUCAUUUUUGUUGAAUCAGCUCUCGAAGUAAGCACUUCCUAUUUUUCUUGAGAUGUACCAGGUCUUCCUUUGAAACUUUCUGCUUGGGGAUUGGGGAUAGGCAGCGCUGUCUGAGGAGGGUGCUUCACCAUUAUGGUCUGAUUCCUAGAAUAUGCAGCAUAAUGCAAGCUUAUAGCGCUUGAGAUUUUAUUUAAGGUUUCUCACAACUUGCAAUUGAACAGUUUUGCAUUAUAAGGCUAUAUCCUUGAUUAUUACAGUAGGUAGGGGAGGUAUAGUAGUUAAAAAAAAAAAGUUAUUGCUUUUAUUUUGUUUGGAGGUGCGUCAAGUCAACCUGUAGUGUUGGCAGUGGGGACUAUGCCUUACAGGAGAUGUGAUCAUAUCACUGAGGGACAGGCAAAAUGCUGAGUCAUAUCCCAGCAACACUCUCCCCUGGCAACAUUUAGCUCCUUGACUACUGACAGAAGAGGACCGCUUUCUCUCCUACUCUAUAAGUUGUAGGAGAUGGCAAUAAUGCUGUUGCCAUUCAAACACAUGUGUUCUACACACCUCACUCCUCUCACACAUUCUAAAAUGUCAGAGUGAAAAUUGAUAAGGAACAAGUAUCCAUUGUAGCAGGGUUGGGGGCAAUUCCAUUUAAAUUCCAGUCAAUUCAUGAAGAACACUGAAAUUCCAAUUAUCUUCACAGCUUUUCAAUAAAUAUUUUUUUUAUUGGAAUUUGGUUUACUUUCCGAAUUAAAAUGGAAUUGACCCCAUCACUGCAUUUUAGUAGCUGUUUUAUAAAGUCAUCAUCCUGUCAACUUUAACCUAAUGCUGUAUUUGUUCUGAUACGAGAUCAAAGCUUAGCCUAAGUGUGCAGUAGGCAACUUCAUGUACCUGACAUCUGUUGGAUUGAAGUCUAUAAAGAUACUUCGCCAAUUUAUGAUUGAUCAUUUCAUACCCUAUUGGUUUGUCAUGUCAGGCUGGUUCUGAGACUCCCCUGGGAGUGUUCAUUUCACUAUUGGCUCUUAUUGGGCUGUUGUAAACUAAAAACCUUCCCUCUGUUGAUAAUGAAGCCUGAAGGUUGUGUUCACGACUUUACCUCAACCUUGUGAAAAGGUGAGAGGAACAAACAUGCGCCUCUCCAGACGUGGUAGGAACAGACAGUUCCAUGUGAAAUUGUAACAAGAUUUAAAUUACUAACAUAUGUCAUACGGUACAAGUCAAAAUUAUGAACACACACUCAUUCAAUUUUCUACAUUGUAGAAUAGUAGUGACGACAUCAAAACUAUGAAAUAACAUGUAUGGAAUCUUGUAACCAAAAAAUGUGUUAAACAAAUCAAAAUAUAUUUUAGAUUCUUCAAAGUAGCCACCCUUUGCAUUGAUGACAGCUUUGCACACUCUUGGCAUUUUCUCAACUAGCGUCUAAAAACAAACAGAAUUUAAUUUCAUGCUUUGAUUUGAUACAGCUCAAAUUGAUUUCUUCAUUCAAGGUGAGAGAGAGUUGUUAGCCUAGUGGUCCAGACUGUUGGUGUAUUGGCAUGACAACAAUAGAAAAUAGUAGGUUAUUGUAUAUAAAGUUUUGGGACCAGGCUAGUGAAAUGUAGGCUCUCUGGUGUGUUUCUUCCUCCAUAGACACCUAUGACAAUGACAAAAUGUUGAUGUGACAAGAUGUGUGUCUGUCUCACAACGUGUUCACAGAGGUGUGUCUGCAAUGAUUAUACUUGAAUGAAACAUGAGCUGUAGUGACAUCAGUUAAACUAUCAUGUCCUUUUGCUUUCAUUGUUGAAUGUUGAUGAGUGCAAAUGAUCUGGAUUAGGCCUAGGAGGACUUCUGACUCUUCCUGUCAUAAUGAGUUUGUGACUUGCAUCUGUAUAUGUCCAAGUUAGCAUUACUCAUUGUGUAUUUAUUACAAAAAAAUAAAAAAUCUAAUAUUUCUCUAUUUUCUUUCUCUCUGCACUGUUGGGAAGGGCCUGUAAUUAAGCAUUUCACGGCCACUGCGUGUGUAGCGCGUAGCUAAAUGGAGUCGGAGCAGCUCUUCAACAGGAACGGCUACUACAGGAACGGCUACAACAGUAUCACCAGCGCCAGCAGCGACGAGGAGCUGCUGGAUGGCACAGGGGUUGUCAUGGACUUCCACACCUCCGAGGAUGACAACCUUCUGGAUGGAGACACCACCUCACCAGGAUCUAACUACGUCAUGUCUAACGGGGGAGGGGUGGUGAGCAGCACCACCCACCUGCUGGACUUCCUGGAGGAGCCCAUCCCGGGGGUCGGCACCUACGAUGACUUCCACACCAUCGACUGGGUCCGGGAGAAGUGCAAGGACCGCGAACGCCACCGCAAGAUCAACGCUAAGAAGAAGGAGUCUGCAUGGGAGUUCACCAAGAGCCUGUAUGAUGCCUGGUCUGGAUGGCUGGUAGUGACGCUGACAGGACUGGCCUCAGGUGCCCUGGCGGGUCUGAUCGACAUCUCUGCUGAUUGGCUGAACGACAUCAAGGAGGGGGUGUGUCUGAAUGCCAUGUGGUUUAACCACGAGCAGUGCUGCUGGGGCUCCAACGAGACCACGUUCGCUGAGAGGGACAAGUGUCCUCAGUGGAAGAGCUGGGCGGGGCUCAUCCUGGGCCAGGAAGAGGGUCCUGGUUCCUACAUCAUGAACUACUUCAUGUACAUCUACUGGGCUUUGUCCUUUGCCUUGCUGGCUGUGUUACUGGUUAAGGUGUUCGCCCCCUACGCCUGUGGCUCAGGCAUACCUGAGAUAAAGACCAUCCUGAGUGGGUUCAUCAUCCGGGGUUACCUGGGGAAGUGGACCCUGCUGAUCAAGACGGUGACCCUGGUGCUGGCUGUAGCGUCUGGGCUGAGCCUGGGGAAAGAGGGACCCCUGGUCCAUGUGGCCUGCUGCUGUGGAAACAUCUUCUCAUACCUCUUCCCCAAGUACAGAAAGAACGAGGCCAAGAAGAGAGAGGUCUUAUCUGCAGCAUCAGCGGCUGGGGUGUCUGUGGCUUUUGGUGCUCCCAUAGGCGGAGUACUCUUCAGCUUGGAGGAGGUGAGUUACUACUUCCCUCUGAAGACUCUGUGGCGCUCCUUCUUCGCUGCGCUAGUGGCAGCCUUCGUCCUCCGAUCCAUCAACCCGUUUGGCAACAGCCGUCUGGUCCUGUUCUAUGUGGAGUACCACACCCCCUGGUACCUGUUUGAGCUUAUCCCCUUCAUCCUGCUGGGGGUGUUUGGAGGCCUCUGGGGGGCCUUCUUCAUCAAGGCCAACAUCGCCUGGUGCCGAAGGAGGAAGUCCACCCGCUUCGGGAAAUACCCCGUCCUGGAGGUCAUCUUCGUGGCGGCCAUUACCGCCGUGGUGGCGUUCCCCAACCCGUACACACGGCAGAACACCAGCGAGCUGAUAAAGGAGUUGUUCACUGACUGUGGCCCGCUGGAGUCGUCCCAGCUGUGCCAUUACAGGAGUCAGAUGAACGGGAGUAAGGCGUUUGUCGAUGCGUCGCCUAACAAGCCGGCGGGGCCCGGGGUGUACACAGCCAUGUGGCAGCUGUGCCUGGCGCUCGUCUUCAAGAUCAUCAUGACAAUAUUCACCUUCGGACUCAAGGUUCCGGCAGGCCUAUUCAUCCCCAGUAUGGCCAUCGGGGCGAUCGCCGGGCGGAUUGUUGGCAUCGCCGUGGAGCAACUGGCAUACUACCACCACGACUGGUUAGUGUUCAGGGAGUGGUGUGAGGUAGGCACCGACUGCAUCACCCCGGGACUCUAUGCCAUGGUGGGGGCUGCUGCAUGUCUGGGUGGUGUGACGAGGAUGACCGUGUCUCUCGUGGUUAUUGUGUUUGAGCUGACUGGCGGUCUGGAAUACAUUGUGCCCCUCAUGGCGGCCGUCAUGACCAGCAAGUGGGUGGGCGACGCCUUUGGGCGUGAGGGCAUCUACGAGUCACACAUCCGCCUCAACGGGUAUCCUUUCCUGGACGCCAAGUCAGAGUUCACACAUACCACGCUGGCGCGGGAGGUGAUGCGCCCGCAGCGUAGUGAUCCGCCGUUAGCGGUGCUGACGCAGGACGACCUGACGGUGGAGGAACUCCAGGUGAUCAUCAACGAGACCAGCUACAAUGGCUUCCCUGUCAUCGUCUCCAAGGAGUCUCAGAGACUGGUGGGCUUCGCCCUGCGCAGGGACAUCACCAUCGCUAUAGAAAACGCACAGCGAAAGCAGGAGGGUAUCCUGCUGACCUCGCGGGUCUACUUCACGCAGCACGCCCCCACCCUGCCCGCCGACAGCCCGCGGCCCCUCAAGCUGCGCUCCAUCUUGGACAUGAGCCCCUUCACCGUCACUGACCACACGCCUAUGGAGAUAGUGGUGGACAUCUUCCGCAAGCUGGGCCUCCGCCAGUGUCUGGUGACACACAACGGGAUUGUAUUGGGCAUCAUCACUAAGAAGAAUAUAUUAGCGCAUCUGGAGGAGCUCAAGGAACACACGGAGCCCCUGGCGUCUCCUUGGUAUUAUCACAAAAAAAGAUAUCCUUCGUCAUAUGGCCCAGUUGACCAACCAAGACCCCGACAACAUAAUGUUCAACUAGUCACCUCCUUCCCAGGUCGUCACGACGAUGAGGAGGAGAGCGAGGAGGAGGUGGUGCACCUACUGGAGGGUCAAGUCUCCUCUCUAUGACACACAGACCCCCCCGACCCUCCCACCCCAUGGAACCCUGUCCCUAACCAUACUGACUGAGCCCCACAGAGCCCUAGUGGCCACAGGAAGGAAGAGACAGACAGACUAAAGGGACAUUAAAUGGCUGUUUUGAAGGAUGUUACAGCCACAAAGUCGCAGCUACUACGUACUGGGACAUAUAUAUAUAUAUAUAUAUACCCAAGGAACGCACUUUUAACACACACACACGCUCACACAAACACAGAUGCCACACAAGAGCACACACUUGACCAAUUGGACCUCCUACACACACCCUUCAAGCUCCUCCACCCUUGUCCUAUUGGUUUAUACUAGCAGACAUGGCUGUAAGCCUGAUGCCUGGCUGCCAGGGUGAGAGGUCAGAAUGAUCCUGUAGGACCCAAGGAGGGACGUUCAGACACGCUGAUUGGCUGUCUGCCAGACGCCCUGCCAGGCUCUGACCCCACUGUGUCCCUCCCUCACACCCCAUCCAUCCUUAAAAUAAUUGUUUACCUGUGAACUGUGUGUGAGAGCAAUCGAGUGCUAUGUGUGUCACGAGCACCUCAACAUUCCAUUCAGGUUGUUAUAGUAACCCCCCUAAAGACAACCGCUGUCUUGAUAUUAGACUGGGCCUCGAUCCAAGGGAGAUUUGCUUUAAUGUGUGAGAGCUAGAGGGUUGUCAAGGAUACAAGCAGGAUGUACUGUAGUAGUUGGUUCAUGUCGGAGUGUAUGGAUGUGUGUUGUAGUUCAGUACGUGAAAACAGAUGCAGUGUUGUACAGAAGAGUGUGAUACGCAUCAUUUACAUACUCCCUGUUGAACUAAAGAACUGUGUGAGCAUGUUCCAUGAGGAUGGAGACCUAGCAACUCUGACAGUGAAGGUAGGCAGAGUUUGUAAAAGAAAAUAUUAAAAAAGGUUGAGUUUUUCUGUUGCUCUAACUGGAGAUAAUUUUUUUUUUUUUUACUAUUGCUACUACUUUUAGUAUUGAUAUCUACAUAAUCAAGUAACGAGACAAAGUCAAGACUGGAAAACUGCACUUUUCUUUCCAAGUGAACACAAUAAAUGAUGUCGAUGGUAAUACUGCUCAGUAACCGUGUCUUGACGAUUUUACUUUGCUUAAUUAAGCUGUUUCAUGGUGUGGGAAAUGUAUCUUGCAAGGCUCCUCUGCCCAGUCGUCAACAAUUCAACAUACAUGUUUCUUUUUGCAUGUCAGUUUAAACCAAUAUAAACCAUUUUAAAUCUACUUCCAGCAUUCCAUGGUUGCGUCACAAAUGGCACCCUAUUCCCUAUAUAGUGCACUACUCUUGAACAUGGCCCAUAGGGAUCUGGUCUAAAGUAGUGCAUUAUAGACUGUGUACAACACAUUAGGAACAUCUUAAUAUUGAGUUGCUCUCCCUUUUGCCCUCAGAACAGCCUCAAUUGGUCAGGCGUGGACUCUACAAGGUGUUAACCCUCUGAAAGGCAUGCUUAAAUCCUUCUUUAACCUAUACAGGGAAUAGGGCAUCGUUUGGGACACAACCCCAUAUUUAAUUCUUAAAAGCAUGAAUUGAAGGUACAACAAUGCAGUGUACCACCAACUCCUUUAAACUUCAAUAAAGUAAACGUGUAUA